AUGAUAAUAUCCAAAACAGCUCAAAGGACAUUCAGGGGCUGGGAAGUGCUCGGCCCAAGGAUCAUCACGGCCUCAUUUGGAUAUAAGAAAGAACUCACUGGAAGAGAGGGUAGAAAGAAGGUCGUAAACGUGAACAUCAUACAAGUGUAUACCCCAACUAAUGAUGCAGAAGAGGAGAAUAAAGAUGACUUCUACAACAGCCUGCAUAGUGUGAUCGACAAACUUCCAGACAACCUCCAGAAAAUCAACCAGAAAUUCUUCCAGCCAGAAAUGACCUCCAAUAGUUACGGAACCACCUUCGAGAGAGGAAAUUGCUGCAGCUAUAACAUCACUGAAUUCCGCAAGGAAGCUGGUCCCGACCAUAUACCUCCGGAGGCCCUUAAGGCAGAUAAAGAUACUUUAGUAGAAAUUCUCUAUGCUCUAUUCGAAAAUCUUUGGCAAGAGAAGGAAAUACCAACAGACUGGAAGGAAGGCCACAGAAUCAAGCUGUCGAAGAAGGGAGACCUCAACAAUUGUAUCAACUACAAAGGCAUAACACUCCUAUCCAUACCUGGGAAAGUCUUUAACAGGGUACUCAUGAAGAGAAUCAAACUGGCAACAGACGAGAAGUUCUGA